AAGGCAGAGAGAGAGAGAGAGAGAGUACAUGUAUAUGUAUUGCAUUAGGUAGAGCCGAGAAGGAGAUAGAUACAUGUAUUAUCUUACUAUGUAGAUGUAGUAGUUUUUUAUAUUUGCAGCAAUAUUUUAAUGUUGUUGAGGAGUGAAAGUGAAAGCAUUGCCGGGAAAGUUGGGAAAGAAAAUGCUAGUUCAAGUACUCCCACAAUUGUUCUUGUUCAACAAGCAGCUGAGGCGGCAACAACAACAAAAGAAUACUAUGGGUUUGGGUUUCAGGAAUUUGCUUCUGGAGAUGCGAGCCACCAUAACCAAAGCUAAUUCUUCUAAUUUCUCCUCUUCCUCAGCCUUCUCUUCCACUACUAAAAAGGGAUACAUCUCAGCACUCUUCCUUUUCCUCCUUUUCAUUCUCAGCCUUAUCAUUCUUUAGAUGCUUCGCUUCCUUUUAACCACAGUGCUAUCAUAUCAUGAUUGGAUUUUUCUUGCUUUGUUCAGCUAGUUUUGCAUAAUUUGAGACAAUCCCACACCUUUUUCGGAUUUUACUGAUCUGGGAUUUACUUGUAUUGCACUUCUAUUGUUGAUUUGAACAGCUUUUCUAGCCUUUUUAUUGGUGUUUCUGAAGUGGGGUCCUCUUUUUUCGAAGGGUUGAACUGUUGGAUUGAGAAAAGUAACAGUAAAAUCUGAUCUGGGGGCUUCCUGUGCUGAGCUCUGGAUCUUGAGUUGUUGCUGAUGCAAGACUUGAUCUUGGAAUCAAAAGUUGAUGAUUCUGGGAUUGGUUGAGCUUAAUUUUGGGGCUUAAGGUUCUUUGCGUGAUGAUUCUGAUGAUAAUAUGUCCACUCUAGUUGUUUUGAUCAUAUAUAAGGUUGUGUCAUUCAAGCACUAAUACAGUUGGUUGUAAAUAUACUGAGAUUGUGGGUGGAACUAGUGGUAGCCAUCUGUUUUCCCCCUUUGAAGUAUUUUGUGAUUCCAGGGGAAACUUUAAUUCCUUUUUGUUGUUCCACUAUAUCAAUUCUGCUCAUUUCCCAGAAAAGAUAAAAAAAUACUGUUUAGUUUCCUAACUUGCACACAGAAAAUAGAGCCCCAUCUUUUUAAUUGUGGGUGUUGUGGUUUUAAUUUUUUAAUCGGAUACAGUUUCUCUUUUUCGAUAGCAACAAUCCGAUAACAUUUGUUCAUUUGAGAGGCUUACAUUAGGGAGAAGGGGAAGACAGUGGUAGGAUAUUUGCUUUCGUGGGGUCAUUGCUGGUCUAUGGGAAUACCCGAUAGUUCACUACUAGAUUUGAUAGAGAAGGUUCGGUCUUGGAUUUCCUUGAGAGCGAGCGAUACAGCGUCCUUGUCUGGUAGAAUUCAAAUGGCUAGCAAUGGUUGCAAGUUCUGUUAUGAGUGUGAGGUGGAUUUUACUGAGUCUUCUCUCAAGUACCAGUGCCAAACCUGUGCUCGGUUUUUGUGUGGGAGAUGCGUCCAGGACUAUGGCCCUCUGGAUGAUGUUUUAUCAGGACAUUCAAAAAGUAGAGCGGGGUCUCUGGUCCCUCUCAAGUCUUGCAAAUAUUGCUCCAACCUUAGUACGCAGCCAAAAGCUGGAAGAAAGUACAGUGACAAGAUUUAUCCGGCUGAGUCUCCCAGACAAAGUCCAGAACCGCCAUCUCCAAGUUGUGAUGGUGAUAGAGUUGAUGGUUAUUCCCUACAUGCCACAUCCAAAAGUAGUGUUGCAUCAUUUUCAGGUCAUUUGUCUCCAGUAUCAGUCCAUCGCUCUUUUAGCAGAAGCGAUGAAGAUGAAGGAGAGGAUUUCAUGAGUAACUUUUUCAGUCCAUCAAGUGAAUAUUGCCAUGACACUUCAGAUAUAGAGACUAGUAAUAUUAGCACUAGACAUGGCUUUCACAGUUUCAAAUCAGUUGGAUCAAGUCCUUCUGAUAGCCCCUCUAGGAUUCAUAUUACCUCCAAUAGAGUUGGGCAUUUUGUACAGAAACAGCAGCUAGGAACUCGCAGGUCUCGAAGUGAUUAUUGUCCCUUUUACCAAGAAAGCAUGGCUGUUUUAGGAGGGCCUGAGAAAGGGACAGAGGAUUCAGAGACUGCUGAUGAUUGUGUUGAUAAUUUGUCAAUGUUCCAAGAACAGUAUGGUAAGUCACAGAAGCCAUUGGAUUUUGAAAACGAUGGUCUUAUUUGGUUUCCCCCUCCACCAGACGAAGAAAAUGACGAGACCGAAAAUAAUUUCUUCACCUAUGAUGAUGAUGACGAUGAUGAUGACCUUGGGGACACCAACGGGACCUUUUGCUCCAGCAGAGAUGUGGAUCCUAAGGAACCUCUGAGAGCUGUGGUACAAGGGCAUUUUAGGGCUCUUGUGUCGCAGCUACUCCAAGGAGAAGGUAUAAAGGUGGGAAAAGAAAAUGGUUCUGAAGAUUGGCUUGACAAAGUUACAGCACUAGCUUGGCAAGUAGCAAAAUUUGUGAAGCCAGAUACCAGUAGGGGAGGCAGUAUGGAUCCUGUUGAUUAUGUAAAGGUCAAAUGUGUAGCAUCUGGUAGUCCUAGCGAAAGUACGUUUAUCAAAGGAGUGGUUUGUACAAAGAAUAUUAAACACAAGCGCAUGAAUUCACAAUACAAGAACCCAAGAUUACUCCUACUGGGAGGAGCACUGGAGUUCCAAGGAGUUACUAACCAGCUUGAAUCGUUUGAUAUCUUACGCCAACAGGAAAUGGAUCAUCUGAAGAUGGUAGUUUCAAAGAUACAGGCUCUUCGAACAAAUGUGCUACUUGUUGAAAAAAGUGUAUCUUCGUACGCCCAAGAAUACCUACUGGCAAAGGAUAUCUCUCUAGUUUUAAAUGUCAAAAGGCCACUUUUGGAACGGAUAGCUAGGUGCACUGGUGCUGUUAUUACUCCAGCUGUUGAUAAGAUAUCCACAGCACGAUUAGGACACUGUGAACUCUUUCAUUUAGAGAAGGUCACUGAAGAGCAUGAGCCUCUCAAUCACUUUAACAAGAAGCCAUCCAAGACUUUGAUGUUUUUUGGGGGUUGUCCAUGGCGUUUAGGGUGCACGGUCCUGCUGAAGGGAUCAUCUCGUGAAGAGUUAAAGAAGUUGAAACAAGUUGUACGUUAUGCUGUUUUUGCAGCCUAUCAUUUGUCUUUGGAAACCUCCUUUCUAGCUGAUGAGGGUGCUAGUUUGCCUAAAAUGGGAGUUAAACCCUCUGUUGCUGGACAAGAGAGGAUAUGUACUGAAAAUGUUAUUGCCACCGUCACUAAUUCUGUAGUUUCUAGCCAUUACCACGAGGUUGCUAGUGCACCACACAUUGCUUUGGAAUCUGAUGGUCUUCAUUUGGAGCCUGACUUGCAGCAAUCAUUUUCUGCGCAUUGUAAUUCUGAUUAUGAUGCUACUUCUGCAAGAGAGGAAUGUAGAUAUAGAAAUGUUCCUCUUGAUGCACACACUGUAUACUCAACCUCUGACACAGGGCUUGGCCAUACACAUUCUUUAUUUCCUGGUGACACCCAAAAUCAUAUCCAAGAAGAUGCAAAUUCAGUUCAAGAGGAGAACCAGGCAGUUGAAGUUUCUGAAGUUGCAAAGCUCCAAAGAGCUGAUGAAACUGAAGAGUCAAUUGAGUUCUAUUCGGCUGCUGAUACCAACCAGAGCAUAUUGGUUUCUUUUUCGAGCCGCUGUGUAUUAAAUGAAACUGUAUGUGAACGUUCUCGACUCCUUCGGAUAAAGUUCUAUGGUGCUUCUGAUAAGCCACUUGGGAGAUAUCUUCAAGAUGAUCUGUUUGAUCAGACAACCUGUUGUCAAUCAUGCAAGGAGCCAACAGAGGCUCAUAUCAUAUGUUAUAGUCACCAGCAGGGGAAUCUUACUAUAAAUGUUAAGAGACUGCCCUCAGUGAAGCUACCUGGGGAAGUUGACAGGAAGAUAUGGAUGUGGCAUCGAUGUCUCAGAUGUGCACCUGUAGAAGGUAUCCCACCAGCAACUCACAGGGUAGUGAUGUCUGAUGCCGCUUGGGGUCUAUCAUUUGGGAAAUUCUUGGAACUCAGUUUUUCAAAUCAUGCAACUGCUAAUCGUGUUGCAAACUGUGGUCAUUCUCUCCAAAGGGACUGCCUGCGGUACUAUGGCUAUGGGAGUGUGGUUGCAUUCUUCCGGUACUCACCUAUUGAAAUUCUAUCUGUGCAUUUGCCCCCUUCAAUUCUUGACUUUAAUGCUUCAGGACAGGACUGGAUAAGACGAGAAGCUUCUGAGCUUUUGAGGAAAUCAGAAGCCUUGUAUGCGGAGAUGUCUGGUGUUCUUCAUAACAUUGAAGAGAAACUUUUAUCUUUUGGUCAUGAGUUCUCUGGUGUAAGCGAGUUGCACAACCAUGUGAUUGAGUUGAAAGACCUGCUCAUUAAAGAAAACAAUUCCUACAAUAGUAUGCUUAGAAUAGCAGAGAAAGAGACACUUGAACUGGCAGAGGCAUCAUUAGAUAUCCUCGAAAUUAAUCGCUUGAGACAUUCCCUCCUUAUUGGUUCACAUGUAUGGGAUCGUAGGCUUUUUUCAUUGAACUGUCUUCUUACGAGGAGUUCUAGUUCCAGGGCUCCACAAAAAAGUGAAACAUUUGUGAAGCGUAGCAGUUCUGAGCAUUGGGAAGAAGUUGUGCCUGAAGUUUCCAAGUUUCAGGAAUGUCCAAUGGAAUCCGUGAAGUCUGAGCAAGAGGAGACUAACAUGUUGCUGCAUAGACUUUCUAUAUCUGAGGACUCAGCUUCAUAUGAACCUAGGAGAGAGGAGGAAAUGCUUAAAGAUAGCAAGAAUGCAGUAAAUACUCCAGCCCUGGAACGUGCGUCUACGGCUGCAACUGCUCUUUCUGAGACAAUAGAUUCUGCAUGGACUGGUUCUGGUCAGGUUUCUGGGAAAGCUCAGUUGCAUAAUAUGUGUCAGCCUGAUGGAGCAGAAGAUGUUCCAUUUAAGCAAAUAAAUCAAGGUGAAAUCCCUCCUCUUAAACGAGUUAUGUCACCAGCUAGAGUUUAUUCUUUCGAUUCUGCUGUGAGACUUCAAGAAAGGAUAAGUAAAGGACUUUCACCAUCUUCAUCGCAUCUGUUGAUGCUUAAAUCUUUCCAUGCUUCUGGAGACUACAGAAGUAUGAUUAGGGAUCCCGUCGCCAAUGUUCAGAGGAUGUAUUCUCAGAUGUUACCAUGUGAUGCCCAGAAGUGUGACCUUUUACAGAAUGCCUCACCCACUUUUACCUCUUCUACAUCUCUUUUAUCUGAUGGAGCAAGGAUGAUGAUCCCUCAAAAUAGCCAAAAUGAUCUGGUUAUUGCUGUUUAUGAUGAUGAACCAACAAGUAUAAUAUCUUAUGCUCUGAGUUCCAAGGAGCAUGAAGAAUGGGUUAGUGGUAAGCCACUUGAACCUGGAGGAAGCUUGAAUGCUGGUGACUUGAAUAACGAUCAUUCAACAACUUCUAACAUAUCAGGUUGGCAGUCUUUUGGUUCUCUGGACUUCGAUUAUAUCCACUAUGGGAGCUAUGGCUCUGAAGAUGCUUCUACUGCAGUUGGUUCUAUAUUUACUGAUAACAAGACUUCCCCUCAUUUAAGAAUUUCUUUUGAGAACAAGUCUUCAAAUGUUUGGGGGGAGGUAAAGUUUUCAGUCGCUUGUUACUUUGCAAAGCAGUUUGAUGCCCUUAGGAAGAAAUGCUGUCCAAGUGAAGUGGAUUUCAUACGUUCAUUAAGUCGCUGUCGGAGAUGGAGUGCCCAAGGUGGAAAAAGUAAUGUUUACUUUGCCAAGUCUUUGGAUGAGCGAUUUAUCAUAAAACAAAUUACAAAGACAGAGCUCGAAUCUUUUGAGGAAUUUGCUCCAGAUUAUUUUAAAUAUCUGAAAGAUUCAGGGAGUCCAACUUGUCUUGCUAAAGUCCUCGGGAUGUACCAGGUUGGUGUCAAACACUUAAAAGGAGGCAAGGAGACAAAAAUGGAUUUGAUGAUCAUGGAGAACCUUUUCUUUGGAAGAAAAAUAUCUCGAGUCUAUGAUCUCAAGGGCUCUAAACGGUCUCGCUAUAAUGCUGAUACAACAGGGGCAAACAAAGUGUUGUUAGACAUGAAUCUUUUGGAAACACUGCGUACAAAACCAAUAUUUCUUGGAAGCAAAGCAAAAAGAAGUUUGGAGAGAGCUGUUUGGAAUGAUACAUCUUUUCUAGCGUCUGUUGAUGUGAUGGACUAUUCUUUGCUGGUUGGGAUUGAUGAUGAGAACAAAGAACUGGUCUUAGGGAUCAUCGAUUUCAUGAGACAAUAUACUUGGGACAAACACUUGGAGACAUGGGUAAAGGCCUCAGGCAUACUUGGUGGACCAAGGAAUGCUUCUCCGACAAUUAUUUCUCCGAAGCAGUACAAGAAAAGAUUCAGAAAAGCAAUGACAACUUACUUUCUAACAGUACCUGAUCUGUGGUCAGCCUGAUCAAACGUUUAAAUUUGCUUAAUAACAGCAAAUUCUGUCAUUAAGCAAAAGGACAUUAAACUGCACAGCAAUGGAGAAAAUACAGAUUCUUGAUGGUGAUUGCUUCCUUUUGUAAUUUUGUGGGGAAAAAUCUCCCCAAAAGGAUGUGCAUACAGAAGCAGGGAUCAGUAGAAAUUUCUUCUUGAUGCUGCUUUUUACCUUUUGUAAAUUUAUAGAAAGCGGCAUGCAUAGGCCUUCAAAUAAAAUCAAUUUUUCUCCUCCAA